AUGGCCCCUCCACCAGAGAUCAAAAAAGACAAGCCCAAGCCCUGGCACAUGGUGCAACCACCUGAAGGAUGGGAAGAACAUAUGUUCAGUCUCUGUGACAGGAGGAGAUCACUCAUUCCUAGUGUCUCUGUGUCCUCCCAAAAUUCCACUACCCUGAUCUUGCAGGAAGACCAGGUCAAGGGUGCUCCAAUGGAGGAGGAUGCUGGUGAGGCUGAGGCUGAGGAGGUUGAGAUGUUGCAUUGUUAUAUCCUUGACUCCAGGGUUUGGUGCCCCCCACUCCUCUCAUCUGACUAUGGGGAUGGUUUUGAAUCAUUGCUUUCUCCAUCUUUGCCACCAGCUGAAGACUCCAGUUCCAAUGCUGAAGAUGAGUUUCCCCCACAUCAUCCUGGUCACUGUGUGGAACACAAACCUAAAAGCAAGGGCAAAAGUAGGGCUAUGGAUGUUGACAACAGUGAUAUAGUGAGUCAGGAUGAUCAUGAACCUGCCUGGAAUGCAAAAUUUAAGAAGACUGGGAACUUGUCCCAUGCCACUCUUGAUGAGAUACAUGACUUUGUGGCUGAAGUCAAGGCAAAAGCAGAGGAACUUGGACAUCAACAUGGCAAGUCUCCUUGUGACAUCCUUGUUGCUGCUGGGCUCAGUGUCAAACCAUCUCACAUGAAGCUCAAUGAGGCCAAUCUCUUCCACUCAUGGUAUUGGGCCACCCAAGCAAAACCUGAUGGUGUGGAGUACAACCAACUCAUGAAAGAUAUCCCCAAAGAUGACACCACAGCAAGAAAGGAGAAGUUGAAGGCUGUUUAUGAAUGGAGCAAGAACUCCUCAGCAGUGCCCACUAACAAAUCAGUCAAGUCCAUUGCAGUCAGAGUCCACAAUGCAAAGAUGCAGUUCUCUGGAUUGUACAUCAAUGAUCAUGCCAUUGAUGUUUGGGGACUUAUGGACAAGUACACUGCAAUAUUUAAGUGUCUCAGGGAUGGUAAUGGUACUGAGGCUGGGUUAUUAGGGACGAUGAUGUGUGGGGUUGAAGUUGGUGAUCCCCAGAAAAUCAUUUGGCAGUGGCUUCUUGAGUUUGUUAGGAGGAACUCUCUCAUCAUAAUCAACUGGCUGCUUGGGGUGCCCCCACCAGGCCCUGGUUUUGAGUACAAGAAACUCAAAGCUGAUGUUCUCUGCCAACUUGUGGUACCCUAUCUGCAGAGAAAGCUAGGCUUGAGGUACAAUGGACAAUCUGAUGAUGAUGAUGAUGAUGAUGAUGAUGAUGAUGAUGAUGAUGAUGAUGAUGAUGAUGAUGAUGAUGAUGAUGAUGAUGAGAAAAAUGAUUGUCUGGAUGGUGUGCUGGAGGUUGAAAUCAAACCCUGGAAUGAAGAUGUCAUCAGCAUAGGGGAUGCACACCCAUUAAAGGGAGAGAUCACACUGGUCAAGGCUCCUGAUGGCAUGGUUUUGCACAAGGUGUCUGACGAUCCUGAGUGGCAGAAGUCUCACAAAGAAGGGGAUCCAGGUAUGGCAGUACCUCAUGCACAGAGUGGAAUCCCAUUUCCAUCACACAAGCAGCCUCAUGUGGAGGUGAUGGAUAAUGACACAGUUCCUCAUGAGGCUUCACACUCUGACUGCCAAAUGCCCCUGCAUGAUGAAGGCAGGGAUGCAUGCCCCAUCGCUGGUGACUGCAGUGUAGUGGUUUACCACGCUGCAUUUUGGUUGAAACUAACAGGUGACAUGCACAGGAUGCACUUUGUGACCCACCAGCAUGUACAAGCCACAAGAACACUUGAGAGUCUGGUCAAUCUGAGCGCCCCUUGCCAGCUCAGUACUAUGGGGUGA